AUGGAAAAGGCGUCUAUACUGCGGCGGCAAACCCAUAAUUCGGGGAUCCACGCUAAGCAGGACGAGGUCGAGAUUGAUUGUAACAAUCUAAUCACUGUGAAUUUCAGCCGGCCGUUUCGUAUGCUGUUCACAGAGCCGAUCGUGUUUUUGGUGACAUUAUACCUGUCUUUCAUCUACGGUCUGAUGUAUGCUUUGCUGGGAGCAUAUCUUGUGGUGUUCCAGGGAAUCCAUGGAAUAAAUCUGAGGGUGGGCAGCUUGCCAUUUUCCGGACUAAUCAUUGGCGAGUUCGCUGGGGGCGUUUACACCCUAUUGAGUCAGAAGGCAUAUACGAAGAAGUUGAUAGCCAACAAUCAUGUCCCCGUGCCCGAAAGGAGAUUACCACCGGUGAUUGUCGGUAGCAUUGCCUUCAUCGUCGGGCUAUUUUGGUUCGGUUGGACAGGCUGGACCAAGAAUAUCCACUGGAUGGCCCCCACCGCAUCAGGGGGUGUUCGUAGGGUUCGGCAUCUACUGCAUCUUCCUGCAAUGUUUGAACUAUCUGAUCGAUUCGUAUCUGCAGUUGACAGUGCCGCUUCGGUCUUCGCCGCCAACACUAUCCUCCGGUCUGCCGUCGGGGCGUGUUUUCCGCUCUUUUCGUGCCAGAUGCUUAUCAACCUAGCUGUUCGAUGGGCUGGAACUCUAUUGGGAUGUCUAGCAGCGACUAUGAUCCCGAUUCCUGUGGGAUUUAUCAUCUGGGGCCCCGCGUCGCGGCGAAAGAGUAAAUUUGCGCCGACAGCGGUGGUAUUUGAGGAGAAGUCGGGGCAGUUAACUGCUGUGAGCGUGGAGAUGCGGAGAUCAGAAUAG